AUGCAAGUUACAACUGAAAACCUUGUACAAGAACAAUACUCAAUUAAAACAAAACUAUCAGACCUAACAAACUCAUCAGAAAACCAAGAUAAAAAGAUUAUUUCUCUUGAAUCUACAAUACAACAACUCCAAGUAACUUCACCACAACAAAGAACAUACGACAGUGAGCAUAUUAUGUCGGAGAUAAGUGAACGCAAAAGUCGCGAAAACAAUAUUAUUUUAAAAGGUGUACCUGAACCACUUCUCAAAUAUCACCGUGAAAGACAAGAUUCUGAUAAGUGUGAAGUUAUAAAUAUCGUCAAAAUGAUUUCCAAAGAUAUACCAGAACCAGUAAAUAUAUAUCGCCUGGGAAAAUAUGAUGCUAAAAAAUGUCGCCCAAUAAAAGCUAUUUUUCAGAAUCACGAUCCCGUUAAAUCUAUAUUACGUUUGAAACGAAAUGUGCAACUUAAUGACAUAAAAAUAUCCUCUGAUUUAACACCAGCACAGCAGGCUUAUUUUAAAAAUGUAAAGAAUCAGUUAGAUCUGCGCAUUAAUAAUGGCGAACAAAAUCUGACCAUAAAGUAUAAAAAUGGUGUACCUAAGAUUGUACAGAAACAUCCAAAAAAGUCCAAUCCAUUAUCUCCAGAGGCGAGGCAAAAAUGC